GAACUCUUUCAGCUCCUUUCUCAACUUUAAACGAUCUCCAACUGAAAGAGACCAUCAUAAAUCAGACAGCUAUACCAACCAAGCUGAUAAUGCCAUUACCAUUUCAUUUGAAGACACUUACUAUGAUGUUGACUUUGGUCAGCUGUCCAUGAAUCAACUUACAGUAGCUGAUUUAAAAGAAAGAUGUAAAAGAAUUACGGGAGUACCUUUAGCAACCAUGAAUCUCAAGGUUUCAGGAGCAAAUAUAAAGGAUGAUACAGCCACUUUACCAUCUGUUGGUAUCUAUAGAGGUUCUGUUGUCUAUGUUUUUGGAGAAAAGACAAAUAUGGAACAAACAAAACUGACAGUGUCUGGAAAUCCUGAAGAAGUUGGAUAUAUGACAAGAGUAUCAAAGAUUAUGGAAAAAGUGAAUAGUUCUAAAAACAAGAUUGAAGAGUUUGAUAUGAUGGUUAUCUGUAUCCUACAAAAUGUUGAUAGUGGAGAACAAAAAAGAAAAGAAGCAGAGACAUUGGGCAUUUAUCUAUACGAGAUAUUAAUGCAGGCAUUAAUUGCACUCGAUGGUGUGAAUUGCCCUUUUGAAUUUCAGACAGCAAGAGCAAAUAGGAAGAAGGGAGUAAAAGAGUGUCAAGAGUUGAUGGAUAGAAUAGAGAAAUCAAGAGAAGCCUUGAAAGCAUACUAUAACUAGAAUAAAUCCAUCCCCUUUUGUUGUCAAAGACGCGUUUAAAGCCAGAGUCGGAUUUAUAGAAUUCACACUUUAUUUUCCACCGACACAAAUGACAACACCUAUAAUGACUAAACCCAUGCCUAGCCAUGCAUCUAUGAAUGAAGGAUUGAGUAAAUGAGUUUAAAUAAAGACAAGCUUUACC